AUGUCUCCCAAAAUUGCUAUCAUUGGCGGUGGUCCUGCCGGACUGACACUGGCAUCUAUCCUCAUUCGUAACGGUAUCACUCCCACUGUCUUUGAACACGAUGCAUCCCCCGAAGCUCGCACUCAAGGUGGCUCCCUCGACUUACAUCCCGGCACUGGACAGGCCGCAUUAGCAGCAUGCGGUCUAACCUCUCAAUUCGAGAAGUAUGCUCGUUAUGACGAUCAAGAUUUUACAGCUGUUGACAAGCAUGGCAAAGUAGCCAUCCAGUUGAGAGACCGGGAUGUCGGCCGUCCUGAAAUCGAUCGCGGUCAGAUCCGUCAAAUGCUGAUUGACUCAAUUCCAGAGGGUGUCAUCAAGUGGGACCACCACCUGGUCGCCGCCACUGAAGACUCCCUCCAAUUCAAAGAUCAUACAGAAUCAGGAUGGGACCUGAUCGUAGGAGCAGACGGAGCUUGGUCAAAGAUCAGACCACUAUGCUGCUACGUGCCUCCUUUUUACUCCGGCAUUUCCGCCUACACGAUGCACUUGACUGAUGCAAGCACCAAACACGCUGCCAUCUCAGAGAUUGUCGGUAAAGGAACCUAUUAUGCGAUUGGAGAGGAUGACGGCAUGGCCUUGGCUUAUCAACGCAACGACAAUGACUCUAUACUCGUUUACGCAUUUGGCCGGAGAUCGGAAAACUGUGUCAAAAACUCAGGCAUCGAUAUCAACGACCAAGACUCCAUUCGUGCCACUCUAAAAAAGGACUAUGCGCAAUGGGAGCCGAAACUAUGCGCAGUCUUUGAUGAAUGUGAUGGUGAUAUUGCAUAUAGCUCUUUGUACAUGCUUCCCGUGGGAUUGAGAUGGCCAUCACACAAAAAAGUGACUCUGAUCGGAGACGCAGCCCAUCUCAUGACCCCCUUUUCCGGUGAAGGAGUGAACUUAGCAAUGACGGAUGGCAUGGAUCUUGCAAAUGCAAUCAUUUCCAAUCCUGAUGAUAUUGCUGCCGCCAUCGCAGAGUUUCAACCGGCCAUGUGGGAGCGUGCAAAGAUCGCAGGCAAUGCUGCAUGGAGGAAUAGUAUGGAGAGGUUUGAGCCAGGUGCCUUGGACAGCUUGGUAAAAAGACUCCAGAGUACGCUCGAAAAGCAGGGUAACCUCCAAUUGUUGGAGUUGACGGAGCAAAAGAAAUAG